GGCUUGGUUGUUGCCUUACUAGAGAAUUAAGAUUAUUCUGGCCACGGCUGCCACGGCAUUCGGCCUUAACUAGCCACCUGUCGCACCUAUCUUUUAUACAAUCUACGGAUUUACGGACAUGAACAAUACAACAUAUCGAAAAAUGGAGCGGCUUUUUAAAACACAAUCUGUCUGAGUCUCGACUCUAUUAUCUCUUUUUAUUUCCCGUAGUAGACAUAAACACAUAAACCAAAAAAAGAGAAGAGGUACUUACGACGAUGGAGCGAUAAAGUAAUAAAGUGGCACCAUGUGAAGAUCUGCCCAGAAUUGUUAUAAGAAAAUACUACUCUCCCCGCGAAUUACCGGCCCACGCACUUUGAUAACUUACCGCCCUGCCCAGCCAAAUCUAUGGAGCACCUUUAUCGAGAACUUUUUUUUUCCUCUUUUCAUUUGCCAGUUAUGUAAAUUCGAUCACGCGACAGCCAAUUUCCAAUGUGGAUGUGCAUUGGGGAGGUAUUUUCACAUGCGGGCACCUGACGGGUUUUCGCGGCGACCCGGACGGACACAUGGGAAAUAAUGUCUGAGAAGGACGGGAUCUAAGUCAAACCCGAAAUGUAGUAGAUGCGGUGUUACACGGGAAAUCUUGAUGACUUCUGCUUAUAUAAACGGUACCUCAUGUAUCUCAUGUAUCCCGUCAUCCCACGGGGCGUCGGAUGUGAGUUAUACAUGAUUAAUGCAAUAUUUAUGAAUAAGGUAGGUGUAUUUUAUGCCAUUAUGUUCCUUAUUCCCACAAGUAUCUCUUCCAACUCCUCCGUAUACUUGUAGCGAGCGAGCAACAUGCAAAAGGAAGAUCCAACUGAUACCUAUCCGCGGCCACUUAUCUGGUGUUUGAAACACAGGAAGUACUGUACAUGACAGGGUAUGCCUCGGCACUUCUAAAUGCUUUUUUAUUUCUUUUUUCAAUUUAAUUUUCCUCGCUAGUGCUAUGAAAAUCCACCUUGCUAGUCUUCAUCAUUUACACCACUAUAGUGUCACUGCUAUAGUGGAUAUGACGUUUGUCCAUAUAUGGAUAUCUGAAGCUGCAGACCGAGGCAUUCUCUAGCUAAAAGAAAAGAGAGAAAAAAAAUACAAUAGUUCACUUCUCUUUAAUGCCUUACCAUCCGGAGCUCGAGGGGUAGAAAGAGGAAGAGAUGGAAAAAGUGAGAAAAAGCGAGGCUGGUAGACAUACAUACCGAAUCAACCAAUCUCACCCCACGCCCAAAGACGACUUCGAUCAUCUCGAUUAUAACCCCAUCUACCUAGCUACAUAUGUAUCAUGUAUGUACCCAGGCUGUAAGGUAGGUUGAAAAAGGCUUGUUUGACCGCCGGAGACAUGGUAAACCACCAGACUAAAAGGCAGAUACUCGGCCAAAAGAAAUGCCAUUCGCCUAUCUCGCAGAUCAAUG